AAAAAGACCCCCAGGCCAGACGCAGCAACAGCCAGAAAGGGGCAAAAGUUUUAAAGUAGUCCGUGCUGCUUCCGAAUCCGUUUACACCGCACGCGCGAUCAGACACAUAACAACAAUCUCUCUCCGGCUCUAAAACCUCUCUCGGCCAUCUUCACACUCACUCACUCACUCUGCAACUUGUGCUUCUCUCUCUCAAGACGAACCGUCGAGAUCUUGGAGGCGCAGAGCAUGCAGCAAAUCCAUAGACCGAAUUAAAAAGGAACUGAUGUUCUUCGAAGAAUGUGUUUUGAGCUUUUUUCUGUUGUAAAAUAGUUAAAAGAGAAAGAUGGAGGAAAGCACUAGAGUGGAUUAUAAGUCGUCGAGAGAAAGUGGAAGUUUUAAGUCUACAUUGUCAGGAAGAUCCAGCCCUCGAAAUUCUCCUUCAUUUCGGAGAUUGAAUUCUAGCCGUACUUCGCAAAAAGAAGGUAGAAGUAGUGGAGGUGUGCAGUGGUUUCGGAGCAAUCGGGUACUGUUUUGGUUGUUAUUGAUUACUCUUUGGGCUUAUCUUGGAGUUUAUUUUCAGUCCAGUUGGGCUCAUAGCAAUAACAAGGAUAACUUCUUGGGGUUUGGAAAUAAAGCAAGGAAUGGGAAGUCAGACAAUGAACAGAAUCUGCGGAGAGAUUUGCUUGGCAGCAACAGUUCUGUGGAAGUUAAGAAUGGAACCACAGAAAAUCAGGUGGAAGAUGGUAAAAGGAUAGAUGUGGUUUUAACAAAAAAGGAUAAUGGAGUUUCAUCUCAUCAAAGCGCAAGUCCAAAAAAGAAGAGUAAAAAAGGAGUUCGUAGUCUUCGUGGUAAAGGGAAAGGUAAUCAGAAGAAGGCAGUGCAGGUUGAUGACCAUGAGACAGAGGAGCAGGAAAUGGACCUUCCCAAGACAAAUACUACUUAUGGGAUGCUUGUUGGUCCAUUUGGUGUUCUAGAGGAUCAAAUUUUAGAAUGGAGUCCUAAAAUGCGGUCUGGAACCUGUGACAGGAAGGGGGACUUUGCACGUCUUGUUUGGUCUAGGAGAUUUAUAUUAAUAUUCCAUGAACUUUCAAUGACUGGGGCUCCACUUUCUAUGAUGGAAUUAGCAACAGAACUUUUGAGCUGUGGAGCCACAGUUUCUGCUGUAGUUCUUAGCAAGAAGGGUGGCUUGAUGCCAGAGCUAGCUAGGAGAAGAAUCAAGGUGCUUGAUGAUAAAGGAAAACAAAGCUUCAAAACUGCUAUGAAGGCAGAUCUCGUCAUCGCCGGGUCAGCAGUAUGUGCAUCAUGGAUUGAUCAAUACCUGGAUCAUUUUCCAGCUGGUGCAAGUCAAAUUGCUUGGUGGAUCAUGGAAAAUCGGAGGGAAUACUUUGAUCGCGCGAAGGUUGUGCUUAACCAAGUGAAAAUGCUGGUUUUUCUAUCAGAAUCACAGUCUAAACAAUGGCAAGACUGGUGUGAAGAAGAAAAGAUUAAGCUGAGGUCUCCGCCUGUUGUUGUACCACUCUCUAUUAAUGAUGAACUGGCCUUUGUAGCUGGCAUAGCUUGUUCACUUAAUACUCCAUCCGCUAGUACUGAGAAGAUGCUCGAGAAGAGACAGUUAUUGCGAGAUUCAGUCAGAAAGGAAAUGGGGUUAACAGAUAAUGAUAUGCUUGUGAUGUCUCUGAGCAGUAUAAACCCUGGGAAGGGGCAGCUCUUGCUUCUUGACUCAGCACGCUUGGUGAUCGAAGAAAAACCUGCGAAAGAUGAUCCAAAAAUAAAAAAUCCAGUACAUAAGCGCCAAGCCCGCUCUACCUUGGGUAGAAAACAUCACUUGAGAGCUUUGUUACAAGAAUUGAAUGAUGAUGGAGUAUCAUCAAAUGAAUUGUCACUGUCCAAGGAAUCUGAUGUCCAGUUGAAUGAACCCCAGAAGAAAAUUUUGCCAUUACAUAAUCUCUAUACCUCUAUUGAUAGUACAGGUGCUUUGACUUUCGAAGUCACUCAUAUGAGGAAAGUGUUGUCAGAUAAAGGAGGAACACUCAAACAAUCUGUUAAAUUUCUUAUUGGUUCUGUUGGAUCUAAGAGCAAUAAGGUCAUUUAUGUCAAAGAACUUUUGGGAUUCCUAUCUCAGCAUUCAAACUUGUCAAAGUCAGUGUUGUGGACUCCAGCAACCACACAUGUAGCUGCAUUAUACUCCGCAGCUGAUGUUUAUGUCAUGAACUCUCAGGGACUGGGAGAAACUUUUGGGAGAGUGACAAUUGAAGCCAUGGCAUUCGGUCUUCCGGUGCUUGGAACCGAAGCCGGAGGCACAAAAGAGAUUGUUGAACACAAUGUAACAGGUCUGCUUCAUCCUGUGGGGCAUGACGGAACUCGUGGCCUCACUGAGAAUCUCCGGUUUUUGCUUAAGAACCCAGCUUCAAGGAAGCAAAUGGCACUCAAAGGACGAGAGAAGGUAGAGCGGAUGUACCUAAAGCGGCACAUGUACAAGAAAUUUGUAGACGUUCUCCUCAAGUGCAUGAGACCCAAAUAACACAGGUAACGGUAUGAUGACAUUUUCAUUCUUUUAUUUUUAGAGAAUGCUGUGAGUGGAAUUAAUGGAAAGUAUGUUACUCUGGCUAAUCGAUACAUAUCGAGGAUUGAUAUUUUGAUGAAGGCGUGUUAUGUGAUGAGAGAGAUUUUAAAACGUAAAGUUGGGCAAAGCAAAAGAACGUGAAUUUGUUUCUACAAA